AUGAUGAAGGGUCUCUUCAAAGACGAUAUCCUCAACUAUGUGUAUACAUUUUACAAAAUAGAUGAUGAGAAACGCUCUCGGAACAGAGACAGGGCAAUUUAUAUAUUGGAUCCCGUGUCCCGCUACAGCAUUGAGUGCCUUUUGGCUGAUUUUUCUAGAGGUACGAGAUACAAGGAUACCGUCGUAUGCUUCUUACCGGGACUUAGUCCGACAAACUAUAAAAGACUUCGACAGAAUAAAUUUCUAGAAGAAGCCACUGUCGGGGGGAAAUUCGCCACGAUAGAUUAUCUAAGCUUACAGCCAGUCGAGCACAGAGUGUAUGUCACUGGUUGUACUUAUUCAGUUCCUGUGUAUUACAACUUUCAACACCUAGGACGCGAUUUGGUACAAUAUCAACUGGAUAAGUCUGUUGAUUCCAUGAUAAGUCUGUGCGUAUUGACGAAUGAGUAUCCGAUCGUUCGCUUUUACAAUUCUCCUUUAUCAAAACAGUUGGCUGUUACAUUUCAAAAGAAGUUGGACGAAUACUAUCGAAAUCAUCCGCAGUUGGCGCCUGUAAACAGCGAGACAGUGUUCCUAAUAACUGAACGUUCCAUGGAUAUUUUUGGUCCCUUUUGUCAUUACAAGUACUACCGGUCGCAGCUUUUCGACUUGAUGGACGAUCAAGUGAAGACCGUCAGAGGUGAUUACACCUAUGUGUAUGAUUACAACAUCAAGACGGGCCAAGGUGUUGAAGAGAAGCAUUUGGUGUUUGAUACUGAUGAUCCUGUUUAUUCAGAGUUGAAAGACCUAACUGUUGAAGAUUAUACACACAAGAUUGUACACAUGGUGAAUAACUUGAAAAAAGAAGAUGAUAGGUAUAAUAACUUGAAAUUUACGUCAGAUCUUUCUCAUGCGGCGUUGAACCAGAGCGAACAUAUGUUUAAUAAGCAACUUGUAACAGGGCAUUUUCAGUUGAUCAGCAAGAUCAAUGAUAAGUUUCACGAAGAGCAAUUAUUAGAAGCCAUAGUUUUUGAGAACCAGUGUGCCUCGAACUUGGGUGAAUCGAAGCAGUUGCACGAGCCAGUAAGCGAUGAUUUAAUUAAGUUACUUGCAAAUGAGCAUCUUUUCAUGGGAAACAAAAUCAGAUUGCUAAUAAUUUACGCCAUAUCUCGAGGUGGACUUAUUGAAUCAGACUAUAUGAAAUUGUUGCAUUUCGGUAUGCCGGAAAAGGUGGACUCAAUCAUGACACUCAUUAAGAAUUUGCAGAAAGUGGGACUUAAUCUACUCAAGCCUAGUUUGAGUGAGAAACGUCAGCAGAUCAACACAUUCUUUGACAUCAAGAAUACUCAGGAGUUAACCGAUAGACUUAUUCCUACAUUCUCGAAUAUUAUUCUUCGUCUUGCUCAAAAUAGAUUACCCGAACUUUACAAUAUCAAGUUGAAUGACGACUAUUACUAUGGAAGAAAGUCUGGAUCAGGCUUGGACAGUGAUCUUGAAGAGGAUGAUAAGACAUUCCCCUAUGUGAAGGGAGCACCUGUAGACGAUAUGGAAAGCUCCAUGAACAAUUUAAGCCUUGGAUCGAGCAAAUCUACAUUAAGGAGUCAGCCGAAAUGGAAAAGUACCCGUCCAUCAGAGAGCAAGUUGACAAGACAGAAAUUGUUGAUCUUCUGUGCAGGUGGAUUGACUCAGUCUGAAUUGAGCGCGAUGAUCUCUUUAGAACCUACCAUCAACAAGAACAUAUUUAUCGGUACAGAUGAACUCUACUCCACCUGGGACUUACUGGGAGACAUUAGACUUAUCAAUGAUGAGAGGAGUAAUUUCUCUUUCCCAUUAGACCAGAAAUUUCUCGUUCGGAAGCCACCAGCGUUUCUCUACGAAAAUUCAGAGUCCCGACCUAGUGGGUCAUCCUCAGCCGUGCAUUCAGGUUCCAGGGACGCGGGUAUCAAUAGGACAGAUGCGGUUGAUGCAAGCAAUGGAACUGCUGGAAUAAACUAUGGCGCCGGAUUAAACGAUUCUAAUCUUAAAACUACCGAUCAUCAUUCCCAUCAUCGUCACCUACACAAUCAUCACCAAGAUGAAUCUACUGAUAAAGAUUUGACCCCCCACGAUGAAAAAGGAAAACGCGGCAAACUCUUAAGAAGAUUCAAGAGUUUCGGCAAAUCAAGUAAUUGA